AUGUCGUCCUCGCUCCCCCUCCAAAUUGCAGAAACAAUACAGACCGCCUCCAUCAACCGUCACCCCUCACCAGACCAUGACCUCAACCCCUCCACCACAGCCUCCCAAAAACAGCCCGUCUCCAUCUCCGACCCCGAACCCCCAGCAUCCGAGUCCUCGCUGGACAAAUACGCCUACGAUGACGAAGAAAGCAUUGAUGAGGAGGAUGAUGAUGAUGAUGACAUACCAUAUAGCGUGUUGAAGCCUGUGCCCAGAAGACUGAGCUUCGGUCCACUGCCAGAUCUGAGGUUCGAACAGAGCUAUCUGGCGAGCAUUGCGGGGGCGGAGACUAAUUGGAGGGUGGCGUAUAUUACUAUGAGGGAUCAGGUUCUGUUGCCGCUUAUACAAGGCACAGUCUGGAGUCUCGCGCUCCACGGCUGGCGAUUCUGGAACCGCAGCGCGAAGCUGAGUGGACAGGGUGUAGGGGCAAGAGUCAGGAGGUGGUGGUACAAGACGAAUAAUUGGCAGAUGCCGAAGAGCCUGAAGAGUUUUGGGAACGAUAAGAAGCUGGCGGCAGACGUUGAAUAUUAUUAUAAGACCCAUGAUGCGGGUGGUGAUUGA